AUGGCUGGUCAUCAUAAGGAGGAGGACAAAAAUGAGGAAUCGUUUAUGGAGAAAAUAGCUGACAAAAUUCACGGCAAUGACUCAUCGUCAUCAGACAAUGAGGACAAGAAGAAAUCAUCUACUAAGGUGAAGGUUUAUCGCCUCUUCGGUAGAGAGAAACCUGUUCAUAAAGCCCUCGGCGGUGGCAAACCGGCUGAUGUGUUCCUAUGGAGAGACAAGAAGGUUUCAGCAGGAGUGCUAGGCGGGGCUACUGCUAUAUGGGUUCUAUUUGAUGUUCUCGAAAACAAUUUGCUCACUUUAGUCUGUCAUACUUUGAUACUUGCUCUAGCAAUACUGUUCCUGUGGUCAAAUGCUUCCACCUUCAUCAACAAGUCCCCACCUCGUAUCCCGGAUGUAAAUAUCCCAGAGAAGCCUGUUUUGAAGUUUGCAUCUGCUUUGAGGAUCGAGAUAAACCGUGUAUUUUCGACUCUGAGGGAAAUUGCAUCAGGAAGGGAUUUGAAGAAGUUUAUCUCCGUGAUUGCGGGUUUGUGGGUUUUGUCGUUUAUUGGGAGUUGCUGCGGUUUCUUGACGCUGGUGUACAUAAUUACAGUGUUGCUGUGCACCGUGCCUGUCUUGUAUGAGAAAUACGAGGACAAGGUGGACUCUCUUGCUGAGAAGGCAAUGGCCGAGCUCAAGAAAAUGUAUGCAGUGUUGGAUGAUAAAGUUUUAAGUAAGAUCCCGAGAGGACCAUCAAAGGACCAAAAACGCGCUUAA